GAUAGCAUAUCACAUGACACGAAAAUGAAAUCACAUGACUUAUUCAAAAUGGCGGUACACAGAAAGCUGUUGAUAUGGAUGUUGCUUUGCGCUGUCGUAAAUACGAAUUCUCUUUGUACUGCCGCAGUAACUCAGCUAUGGGUUGUCUAUGAUGAUGUUGGGAAUACUUUUCAAAUUCGUAACUUUUCUCAGCCUGAUUUCAUUGCAGUUGCUUCAUUUGACAACAGCAUUAACCAAACAGGGUUGGUAAACUCGUAGUCGUAAUUGUUUUAAACUAGGAAAGUAAAAGAACAGUAACGCCGGCUUAGUAGUAAAGUUAAAGUUUGAAAAUACUACAAUCAGUCAUAAUCAUUGUUAAUGUUGAUGUUCAUUACACUUUCAAACACUUGAUAGGCUAAGGAAUAAUGGGCCUACUUAAUGCUUAUUAACUUACAAUACAAUAAAUUAAAAACUUUUAAGACCAAGUUUAAGUUAGUGAUUUUAAUAGUAAAAAUGAAGAACGUCAAGGAAGUUAGUUGAAUUAUUAUAAUAUAUUAACGUGUAAACUCCAUAAUAAUAUUAACUACAUAAUGAUUACAUUAAAAAACUUUGUAGUUAAACUAUUAUUUAGAAAAAAAUAAUUAACCUAGUAACUACAGAAUAAAUUAUUUCUAAAUACUUUAAAUACCCUACUUAUUCUUCUCAUGACUCAUACUGUAGUUUCAAGCGCAUGAUGUAUUUCUGUUUGUUUCAGACUCACCAAUAAAAUGUCAAUAUUUUUUAUAAAUGUUGACUACAACACAUAUAAAAUGACUUAACUCUUUCAAUGCGGAACAACGCACACUGCGUUCUUCCGCCGUUCUCAAAAGCACGGACCAAUGCGCUGUGCGUUGUUUCAAUAUCACGUUUCUUUCUUUGCUAUUUCUCGGUUAAACUUUUUAAAGAGUUAUUUUUAAAUAAGACUUUUACAUAGAAGAGUGGUACUUCAUUGUUUACAAUUAAAACCAAGGCUUAUUUAUUGUCAAUUGAAGCAUUAUUUUGACAAUUUUCUUCGCGUUUUUUUUUUUUACUGUUGCUAUGGCUACCCUAGGCUCUAGUAGGUAAGUUUCCUAGACGAUUAACAGUUAAAAAAGCUUUGAAAUUGUUUUAUAAUAUUUCUUUUGACAGUGAAGAUGAUUUAUAUUUAGAUACAUCGCAUGAUUCCGAUGGUAGUAGUUUUAGAGGAAUUGAGUUAUAGAAUUGAAGAUGAGGUAUGCGUACAUCGUUGGUUAGGGGAAAAAUGAUUUAGCAUAAAAUGUUUUCACAUUUUAUGGUUCUUUCGUGUAACUUAUUUUUUUUAAACUGUAGAAACUAGUGUACAAAUAUAUAGUCCUUUCAAUUACCUUUCAUUUGAUACUAAGUUUAGUCUUAUAAACCAAAGAAUAAUAUUUUAAAUAUUUAAAAAAAAAACCAACUUCUCACUCUUUUUCCGCUCUUCGAAAAAAAUGUACAUUUUUUGGAUGAAAAAAUUCCGCAGCGAAAGAGUUAAAAUAACAUGCUGUUAAAAGAAAAGAAAUUUUGUUUGAGCAAAAAAUAAUCCUUACAAAAUCGUUUAUAAAUUUAUAUGUAUUAUUAUUUGCAUAGAUGGGCAAAACUAGAUAUUACAACAACAGCUGGACCCAAUAAGAAUUACACAGACCUUCAGCAGUCUUACGCAGCAGGAUUCGUGGAAGGACACAUCACACGGUACUUUCUUUUUUUUUUUCAACAGCUCAGAUCAUCCUAGUUCAGCAUGCUAUUUUGACAUUGUUUGCAUCCAUAGUAAUACUGGAAUGUAUUAAAAAGAUAAGGGCAGUUUCUUCAUCUGAGCAUAUUUAUUUAAGUCAAUUAUAAUGCCAGUGAUAACUUUAAGAUGCUAAAUAUCAACUGUGAGACAACAGCUCUCUUUGUAAUAAAAUAUCUUGUUCUAAUUUUUGUGCAGUUCUUUAAUCGGUAUGCACUGGAUAAACACUGUGGCAGGAUUUUGUCCAGAGCCUUUGUCUAACCAAUGUCGUCAACUAAAGAAAUUCUUAGAACAGAAUUUAGACUGGAUGCAACAACAGAUUAACAAUGCUGGAAACAAUCCGUAUUGGUACCAUGUAAGUUUGGCCCAUUAUCAAGCUUUAACCAACUAAAGGAAAUAAAGUUGACAAUGUUUUAAAAAUGAUACCACCAAAUGAAAACACAUAAUUCUGAAGUUUCCUAAAUGUUGCCAUAACUAUAUUGCUAGAUUGCACUAUUUAUUAGAUAGGUUUGUUGAUCUUAAAACAUGAAGCAAAUUUUAAAUGACUAUUUUGAUUUCAGGUUAAAUUGUUCUUGCUUCAAGCAGUUGGUCUUCAAGAUGGUUACUCCAAUUAUCCUGGUGUCAUAAAUAUGGAUAUUGAUGUCUUGGGACUUUAGUAAGUUUCCAAAUUAUUCUUGUUGCUCAAACUUAGAUCCUAUGGAUAAGUACUUCCUACAAAUUUAUUUUCCAUUUUAUUUUACAUUAAUUUGUACUAGGCAUAUUUCUCUAUUCACUGACAAAGGCUUUUGACUGACAAAUUCUUUGCUUUGAUGGCGUCUUUCAAACUUCAGUAGGCAACAUGCUUCUUUUUUUUGCUUACAGUUUCAAUUCAGUCUCUCCCCACAUUAUCCUAAUAAUUGGGUGUCAUGAUUUUUAAACAUAUUUUUUAUUAUAUUUUCAGCUUCUUCCAAGUUGGUGGAGAUAUGGAGGAUCUAGGGGAGAUAUUCCAGUCCCUCUCCAAGUACCGUGGCCCUGACCCAGAUGAUCAGUGGGCUCAUGGCAGAGGUCAUUGUUCAGCACUGUUGAGAUUGCUUCCAGACUUCUCUGACCUCUAUGUGGCACAAGACACUUGGAAUGAUCUCCCUUCCAUGCUAAGAAUUCUGAAAAGAUACAACUUUGACCUUCACCUACUGCCUUCUUCAGAUAGUAGGUUAUGCUCUCAGUAUUUACACAACUAAAAACUGAAAAGUUAAAACAAUUUUCCGUCCUCUUUUAAGUUGAAAACAUCAAACUAGUUUUUUUAGUUGCACAGAUUAUAUAGGAAAUUUGAAUACAAUUAUCUUCAAUAUCAGGAUUAAUAAUGGUUAAUCUUCAAUAUCAGGAUUCACAGUUGAAAAACUUUAAACUUUUAAAAUGUAAAGUUUUCUUUUAGCUAAAGGUUAGUUUACAUUUAAUGGUUAAUCUUCAGUAUCAGGUAUUCACAGUUUAAGAACUUUAAAACCAGAUAAAAACAAAAUGUUUUUCAACUUAGAUGAAAUUGUUGCUAUUCUUUUCCACUCCUUAGUCUCCAUUCCUGGCAACACUAUGACAUUCUCCUCCUACCCAGGAGUUCUCACUUCAGGGGAUGACUUUUAUGCCAUUUCAUCAGGAUUGGUAAGUGAUAAUGUAUUGGUGGUGGUGUCUUUAAACCUUUAGAUUAGCUGAAAGAAAGGUCUGCCAUUUCUAUUUAAUGAACUAUGAGGUGAGUGAUUAGGAAGACCAAUUUUUACAUCACUGCUGGUUCAAUAACUGCUGCGUCAUUUCAACCCACUUUCUAAUCAAUGGUGUUGUUGGCCGGCCAGUGUUGAAACUCAAAAACUGCGUUCCUAAUAAGAUCCCAGUUAUCUCUCUUAUCAGCUUUAGAUAAAAACCUGCUGUCCUAAAAGUGCAAAUGACCUGUUAAGUGAAGUUUCAUAAUGUAGUGAUUAAAUAUGUCAUGAAGAAGCAUAUAGUCUUAUAGAUAUCUUAGUACUGCAUCAAUUAAUGUCUGCAUUGAGCUUAAAUAUUUGAUAACAUGUUCGUUAGAGGAAAGUCAAGAAGGGCAAAAUGUGACAUGUUGACCAGCCAUGUGCAGGAACAAAUAAUGAAUGUGUCAAAGAGUUCUAUUUGAACACAAAGAACUACAGCAGUGAGAAUGCCCCACAGUUCCUUACAACUUCUCAAAAAACCAAAUAUAUUUUUAAAAAAUAAUAUUAUUGAUAUAGAUUUUCAAAUUUCAUUACUGUUAUUUGAUUAUGGAGAACAAUAUAAAGAAAUGUUUCUUUGACUCUCAGCCCUGUUAUUUGCAACAUUUGCCCUCAGCUCAGCAUUACUAAAUGUAUCUCAGGUUUAGAAGUAAUUGGUAAAAAUUUACCCCCUACAUUUUAGGUAAGUCAGGAGACCACCAUUGGCAACUCCAACCCUGACCUACUAAAGUACAUCACAUUCACAUCCGUACUGGAGGGCUUUAGGAGCAUGGUUGCCAACAGAAUUUCUUCCACUGGAAAAGAAUGGGCAGACACUUUUUCUCAAUUCAACAGCGGGACGUGAGUCACUUGAUGGAAGUACUUUUUAAAAACAUAUGCGCUACAAUGGCUAAGUAUAUGAUAGACAACAAAUUAGGAAUUAAACCAAAAAUUAUUUAAUGCUUCUUUAAUCUUGUAAUACAUCUUUAUGAGUUAAGUCACCAUGUCUCCUAUUCUUAUUUCUGCAGCUACAACAACCAGUGGAUGAUAGUGGACUACAAGAGAUUUCAGCCACUCCAGACAACCUCAGUUCCUGGCUUAUUUUAUUUGAUAGAGCAGAUACCGUGAGUUGUCCUUGGUACAGAGAUAAUCAACUUUUCUUGUCAUUAGCGGCUGCUUGAAUACCUUAAUUUAAUAACAAGAUGUGUGUUGAUUAGUCUAUCUUGAAAGUUAAAUAUUGUGAAGCUGUAUAGAGUUUUAAGCUCGGUCAUGGUGCAACCAAUGUGCAUGCAUUUUAGUCACUGUGAUAUAAAUGUUUAAUAGCUAAUCUCUGCUUUCAAGCAGGUUUUAAUAAUUUAAAUGAGGGAGGAAGUUCAUCACAGAAGUGAUGGAAAGCACGCUAAUCUGUUGUUUUUUUUUCAUUAUUACCUAACUUCAUUUUAGGACAUCAUUUCAUUACUGAAAACAUAAAUUAUCUCCCCUUUGAGAUACCACUAGUUAGAGGCCAUCCACCCAAAAUGACAUCACACUGUUUUGGUCAGUUUUGUGGACACCCCCCCCCCCCCACCCCCCCCAACCCAUCAAAAAUCAUUUUAGGACAUCAUUUCAUUACUGAAAACAUAAAUUAUCUCCCCUUUGAGAUACCACUAGUUAGAGGCCAUCCACCCAAAAUGACAUCACACUGUUUUGGUCAGUUUUGUGGACCCCCCCCCCCCCCAACCUCCCCAAAUCAUCAAAAAGUUAUAGUAACACAAAUCAAACACUUUUACUUUUUUAUCACAACGUCACUUUACCAUGACUCCAUUUAUAAAUGGGCCCUUAUCCAGUAUUGUUUUGCAUUCAGGUUAUUUUAGAAAAAGUAAAUUUUUUUCUUUUUGGUUUAAUUCACAGAGGGACUAUUGUCUCACAGGACUUGACAGAACUCCUUUACAAUCAAAGCUAUUUUGGUAGUUACAAUGUUGCGUAAGUUGGCCAUGGCAUUAUUUCUUAGUAUGGUACCUCUCCAAAAAUUGUUGGAUGUACUGUUAAACAGUAAGCUUCAAUACACGUUGUAAGACUGCGCUAGAAUAUCUUUUUAAAAAACAACUAUUUUAUAGUAUACAGUUUGCAUGAUUGUUUACAGCUAAAUGUUUUAACUAAUAUAUAUAUAUUCUUCAGAUACUUCCCAAGUAUUUUCAAUGCAAGUGGAAUGCCAGCUUUAGUCAAACAGUUUGGCGACUGGUUCACCUACGACAAGAAUCCACGGGCGUUGAUAUUUAAGAGAGAUGUGGGUAAAGUCAAGGACCUCGACUCCAUGACAAAAUUAAUGAGGUUUGUUUGAUAGAAGAUCAUUUCUGUAUUCUUGUUUGUUCUUAAAGAUCCUAGUUUUUAAAUGACAUUGUUUUCUAAUGUUAAGGUUGGUAACCGACAAAUGGUAGUGUGUAUCAGUGUAUGCUCAGUCUGAAAUUAAUAUAAUCUUUAAAAUAUCACUACAUACUGUAAUGCAAUAUCAGGAUAUAGUUGCAUUUUUUUGUAUUCCAAUGAGUGAAAAAACGUGUUGUUUUUUUCUAAGCUUUGGAAUUAUGCUAUAGUUAUCACAGUGCAAAAGUAAAUAUACUUUUGGAUAUUAAUUCAGUUAAUAUCAGACUAAGUACUUUUUUUUAAAUUCCAAUGUUUAUGUUCCUAUUUCUGCAUGGGACAUGAUGUAAACUUGUUAGAUAUAAACAUUUAUUUAUAAAGCAUAAUAAAAUAAUUGAGUAAUGAAUAUCAGAUGAAGGCAUUAAUGUAUCAAUGAGACAGCUAAGCUUACUUAACUUACCUGAUCUUAUCUUAAUAAUGUAAAAAUUCAUCUAUCCAAUUCUGUACCGUAAUUGUUUUAUUUUUUUUUUCCCCUCAGGUACAACAACUUCCAGAAUGACCCACUGUCCCGUUGCAAUUGCACCCCACCCUACUCUGCAGAAAACGCCAUAGCCUGUCGUGAUGACCUUAAUCCUAUUGAUGGGAAGUAUCCAUUUGGUGCACUUGGGCACAGACCUCACAUUGCUACAGAUAUGAAGGUGGGUCAUUUUUUUAAAAAGUUUAUUUUAUUUAUAUCCAUUUGAAGACAUGAUUGGAAAUUUCAUUGCUUUUCACACAUUAAAGCUUCUUUUAUAUAGAUUUAUUCCAAAAUAUUGAAACAUAGGAGCCAGAAUGAUCAAUUCAUUGAUCGUGGGCCCUCAAAAUAAAGAAGAAGAAGAACAACAACUUAUUUCAAAUUUAAUUUAUAUCUGUUAUAAGGCUUUCACUAAUGAGAGGGAAGAAAAUUGAUUAACUUUAAAGAUGCAACAGAGAUUACUCAUUGACUGUUCUAUUUUUAGAAGCAGAUAAUUCCAAAAUGAGCCAAUAAUUAUUAGCUAUAAAUUCAUUUUCUUUUCUUUGUGAUAAAAUUUGUGGAACUGAAAAUGUUCAGUGCACUUUUAUUUUCAUCAAAGUUUUAGUCUGACAUAGUUUAGAUAAUGUGCAGAGAGAGUUAAGAUUGACUAUGUUAAGAUAAUUACAGAAUUCUAAUUCUGUAUAGCAAUAUCAUAUCAGCAUAAUAUAAUUCUCAAAUGUUAAUCAACAUCUAUAUCAAAUGUAGCAUCUGCUUCCUUUUUGUUUUCUCUUACACCCCCCCCCCUUUUUUAAAUUUUAAUACCAUGGAAUUAUGAAAUUAGCCCCUUUCAUUGUUUAUAUAUGUUUUAUAAUUCUCAAAUGUUAAUCAACAUCUAUAUCAAAUGUAGCUUCUGCUUCCUUUUUGUUUUCUCUUACACCCCCCCCCCCCUUUUUUAAAUGUCAAUACCAAGGAAUUAUGAAGUCAGCCCCUUUCAUUGUUAAGAUAUGUUUUGAUCAGUUGUAGCCAAAUUAUGCAAUGUAUUCAAUGUUGCCCAAGGUUUUUGAGCUUAACUUUGGCAACAUCUUGGCUAGAAAUAUGGUAUCUGUUGAUUAAAAAAACAUGUUUAUGUUAUUUUAUUUUGAUUAGUUGACCAGUGCAGAGUUGUUCAAGUCACUCUCCUUCCUGGCCAUCAGCAGUCCGACCUACGAUGACCUCCCUCCAUUUCAGUGGAGCAAAUCUGACUACCAGUCCAUGUCCCAUUUGGGUCACCCUGACCUCUGGCAGUUUCCUGUCAUAACAUUUAAUGGAGCAGCUCCGAUGUCUUGAUUCCAUCUGGCAAAUUCUUCCAUGCACAUUUAUUUAUUAUUUCUGCUUCGCCAAUUAUUUACAUCAUUUAAACAUGAAUGUUAUAAAUGUGAAAAAAAAAGAAAGAAAGAUAUAGACCUAAUAAAGCAUUAAAAUUCCAUUUUUUAAACAAGUAAAAGUUUUGGUUUGAUAACUUUGUGUUAUUAUAUUGAUAAUAAUUUAUAUUUUAUCAUUAUGAAGCUUUUAGGGGGAAAUAUGUAACACAAAGAACAGUAACUGUAAACUUAACUUUGGCUGCAAUGGGUUUUUUAAUAUAUAUAUUUUUUUGUGCCUAAAGAAAAUAAAAGACUAUUAACUUAAUGAUCUGAUUUCACUUCCAAAAUUGAAGGCAAUUUUUCUCAAAAACCAUAUAAACAGUUCAAAGAGAAUUUUUUUAAAUAAAAAUAAAAUGCAUAGUUCCAUUUCUGUGAUGCUCAGGAAAUUUAUUUUUCCACAUGUAAUAAAAAAAAAGUUAUACUCACCUUAGGUAUAAAUAUAUUUUGUAAAAAAUACUCUUUUUUUUCCUUACAAUCUUCUUAUUUUAAUAUUGCCAAUAGAAACUUACACAUAUUAGAAUUUCUUUCUUAAAAAAUCAUUGUUACAUUUUUUUAAGUGCAAAAAAUAAAUGAUCAUAAUUGAUUAAUACAAUUAAAA